UCUCUCGCGCCCAGCGCUCGCGCGCCGUUCGCUCUCCGCCCCUCCGCCUGUCGACGACGGCGCGGGGUCGCCCCGUCAAUGAAGCGGCGUUGCCGCCGCUGCCGCUCGCGUCCCUCCCGCUCGCCGUUGACGAGAGGAAGCCUCAUUUUAUAUAUACAGAGAGAGCUCUCCCCCCCCCCCCUCUCUUAGCAACACACACAACCCCAGCUUGUAAUUAACCGGAGAGGAGGAGGAGAAGAACAAGAAGAAAAACCCCGCUUCGUUUUUUAACAGUCGGCCCCCUUCGCCAUCGUCGGGAGAUGAAGAAAUUCUUCGACUCGCGGCGGGAGGGGAACGCCGGCGGCGGAGGAGGUGGAGGAGGAGGCGGCGGCGGCGGCAGCAGCAGCGGCGGCGCCUUCGUGGGCCGGGUGUACGCGGUGGGACGGCACCAGGUCACGGUGGAGGAGGUCCUCGCUGAGGGGGGCUUUGCCAUUGUGUUUCUUGUGAAAACAUCGGGCGGAGUUCGCUCUGCACUCAAGCGCAUGUACGUUAACAAUGAACACGAUCUGAAGGUCUGCCAGAGGGAAAUCACCAUCAUGAAAGAGCUGUCCGGACAUAAAAACAUAGUAGGUUAUCUGGACUCGAGUAUUAAUGCCCAGACCUCCAGCGGCGUUUGGGAAGUGCUCAUUCUCAUGGAGAUAUGCCGUGCGGGCCAGGUGGUAAACCAGAUGAAUCAAAGGUUGAGCACAGGGUUCACAGAGUGCGAGGUCCUCAGGAUAUUUUGUGACACGUGCGAAGCUGUUGCCCGGCUUCACCAGUGCAAAACGCCGAUUAUCCACCGCGAUCUGAAGGUUGAGAACAUCCUGCUUCACGACAACGGAAACUACGUGCUGUGCGACUUUGGCAGCGCCACCAACAAAAUCCUGAACCCUCAAGCGCAUGGGGUCAGCGCCGUUGAAGACGAGAUUAAAAAGUACACAACGCUGUCAUACAGGGCUCCGGAGAUGGUCAACUUGUACAACGGGACACCCAUAACAGCAAAGUCCGACAUUUGGGCCCUGGGAUGUUUGCUGUACAAGCUGUGCUUCUUUACGCUGCCGUUCGGGGAGAGUCAGGUGGCAAUAUGCGACGGGAACUUCACCAUACCCGACCACUCCCGCUACUCGCAUGAAAUGCACUGUCUUAUACGCUACAUGCUGGAGCCUGAUCCAGACAGCAGGCCGGAAAUCUACCAGGUGGCCUGCUUUGCAUUCAAGCUUUCAGGCAAAGAAUGUCCCAUUCUGAAUGUCAAUGGCCUGUCCCUUCCCAAUAAAUUGCCGGAGCCACUGAAAGCGAGUGAAGCUGCUGCCAGGAAGACACAGUCCAAAACCAAACUCACUGAAACGGUUGGCCCCACUGAAACGUCGAUUGCCCCACGACAAAGGCCUAAGGCAGGGCAGACAAAUCCCGGUGCGGUGGGCAUCCUGCCCCUGCAGGCAGUCUCCACGCCCAGGAAGAGGCCUGUGGCAACCGCCGCUGCCGUCGCCACCCAGCCAGCGUCCAUGCCGGUGACCAACUCGUCCAAUGCGACCGCGAGCCAAACGGCUCCUCCGGCAGCAGCCCAGCCUCAGCCGGCGAUGCCGCCAAACGGACAGCAGCAGCAGCUGACAGCACAGAACUCACAGCCGGCUCAACCCGCACAGCCUGUUCAGCAAGCUCAGCAGGUCCAGAUUCAGCAGCAGCAACAGCUCCUGCAACAACAGCAGCUGAUCCAACAGCAGCAACUACAACAGGCCUACCUGCAGCAGCAGCAGAUGAUUCAAGCUCAAGCCCAACAGCAGCUCCAGGCCAUGCAUCCGCAGCAGCAGCAGCAGUUCCUCUUGCAGCAGCAACAGCAGCAAAUGUUGCUCCAACAGCAACUGUACAUGCAGCAGUGUGCCGUCAUGCAACAGGCGGCUCAACAGCAGGCAGCGCAGCAGCAGGCUAUGCUGGCUCAGAUGCAUCAUCCGGCCCAGGCAAGCCAGCAGCAGGGUCCCCGGCUGCUGUCGGUAACGCCGCCCUCGUCCCCCAAGGCGCAGCGAGCGAGCGGCCACCGUCGCAUCCUGAGCGACGUGACCUACAGCUCCGUGUACGGCGUGCCGGCCAGCCGCUCCACGCAGGUCAUGGCGGCCGCCGCCGCGCAAGCCUCGCUCAACAAGUCCAAAUCUGCAAGCACCACCCCGUCAGGAUCCCCACGCUCGUCGCAGCAGGAUGUUAGCCGGUGUGCUGCCAACGCCCCGGACCUCACCACCUGGAAUCCUUUUGGGGACGACUUCACCUCCCUCUCGUCUGAGCGCCUUGCGGGAAACAAGGAGGAAGGCGCACGGACCCCUGUCGAUAGCCUGAUUCCUGGCCUACAGGCUCCCCAGACCAAGGUGCAGGUUCAACACCCGCCAACGACCACAGGGCAGGUGGCCACGCAGCAAGCUCCGGCACAGACCGACAUUUUCGGUGCCGUGCCCUUUGUUUCCAAAGCAGACAGAGAAGUGCCAGAGCUGUCCCUUCUCCUUCCGCUCCCUCCUCCCCCUGCAUUCGCUGAUGCCCCCGACCCUUUCUCUCCGCUGCCAGACUCCGACCAUCCAGAAAAACUGAUCCAAGGCCUAAAAUCUCCAGAGCCUUCCCUCUUGCUUCCUGAUCUGCUGCCUUCGUCAGACCCAUUUGGCAGCCCUGGCGAGAGUAUGCAUGGGGAGGCUAACUCCCUGCCGGCUAGCAUUAAGUCUGACCAGGAGGCAGCAGAGCCUAAAGACGAUGAAUUUGAUCCUAUUCCUCUCGUUCCCAGAAAGAGCUCGCCCAGCCAUUCGCGGAACAGCAGUGAGGGCUCAGCGGAGGGUGGGAUGCCCAGCCUAGGCACUAAUCCCAGGACUUGGGAUGUUGUGGCCAAGAGUUCUGUUAGUGUUGGAAACUCACAGUACACACCACAGGCUGCAGUGCACUUGAACAAGGUAGCUGCUAACGUACCCCAUAUCACUGUACAAGAAAGCAGGAGUGACGUGGUGAAACCAGAAAACGCAGGCGAAGUUGCGUAUGGUGUUUACGGAACGCCAACAUAUGCCGACAAGGAAGCUGCGUCAUCAUUGCUCGAUGAUGGCAGUGACUUUGAGAAAAAAAUCAUCGCAGCGGCUUCUGACCUCCCAUGCACCACCACCACCGAUAAUUUAAUCACUGAGAAGAAAGAGGAAGACACAAGCGAGACGUAUGAUGCAUCCCCCCUAGAUGCUUCCACGGAAUUUAGGGGUAAAACUCCCGAAACAAGCAUCGGAGGUGGAACUGGGAGAGCUGGCUUUUCUACAGAGAAAAACACUACGAGCAUAACGGUUUCCAUCUCUGGAGGGCCAGUAGAGCAGCAUCCGGUGGUCAUUUUUGAAGAGGGAAAUGCCACAAUUCGUGAUCCUGCCACCCAAGUAAUCGCCAAUAUUGCGACAAUUCGUGAUCCUGCCACCCAAGUCCACACUACAUCUGGUGCAGCGGAGGUCGAUGUGUUUUCGGAGGCACCGUUUCCCAUCGGUCAAGAAAGGGAAGACAUCUUUUCCAAGGCUCCUUUUAAACCCGCCGCGCAAGACGACGUCUUCCGCAAUGCUCCCUUUGUAAAAAAGACUACUCGGGGGAGCCUGCCGCGAGCCAGCGCCCACGACUCGCCCGUCCAAAUCCGAAGGGCAGACGACGGAGCAGCUCGGCCGCGGGAUGUCGGGAAGGAAGGAAGCGCGGCACAAGCGAAGGACCCGACCCGCGGCGUCUCCGCGCAGGGCGCGAGCGUCGGCCACGAGCGACGGACGAUCCCGCAGAAAUUCUCCGCAGACAUCGCCGACCUCCGGGCGCGAGCUCAGGCGCACGGCGAGGAGCUGGCGAGGAACGCGGCGGUAGCGGUGGCGCCGGCGGUCAAGGCUCGCGCGCCUGCGUCACUGCUGGACAGCGUCAGCGUGCAGCCGUUCCGCCCGCAGGCGCUCGCGCGCUACUCGCGCCACCACCGCGGAGACGACGGAGGCGGUGGCGACGGAGGCGGUGGAGACGCCGUCGUGGGGGUCGCUGGGUCUCGGCGGUCGGAGCGCGACGCGCGCGGAGAGCCUGCGGCGGGCGACUGAGCCGCCCGUCAGCGCCGGCCCACACGGAGGAAAAACAUGAGCGGCGGGUGAGGGCAAGGCUCGGGGAGAUUUAAAUAGUUCGCUUAGUGAAAUUAACCCAAUUGGCACUUUUGGAAAUUUGCACGUUAGGUGUGGCGAGUAUUUUAAGUUAAAAAAAGCGGAAUGUGCUGUCUAAUUGAUGCUUCGUGGGUAGGCGAGUUUAUGGUCGAAAGAUGUGCGCCACCGAUUUUUUUUAAUUUCCUGGCUUAAACAUAUAAAAGAAAACAUGCUUCCUCACUCAAGCUAUUGAGGAUGGAAUAAUCACGUAAGUUAUUAUGGGCAUGCCCACGAGUAGGAGUGGUGACGAUACGGCAGCAGAUUGCACAUAGCAUGUGCAUUUCACAUAACACCAUCAAUCAUUCUGUAAGUGGAUUGGCCUCGCGCAACACGGGAAGGAUGGAGACCUGGCUGAUUAAUUUUACUAAGUGAAAUGGAGUUUAAUUUAACCUUUGUGCAUGGUUGAAAUAUGUAACCCUUUAAAAUAUACACACACACAAAACACAAACAGAACUCUGUUCUCGUAAUCAUUGCAGUCUCCAUAUCUUAAGCUUAUAUCUUGCCUGUCCAAUGUACACAUUUCCGUGCAGUUGCAUUCUCACUUUAAAACUAUGAAUAGUCAUCGCAUUUGGGUAUACAUUUGCGUCGUUUGAGACGGUAGUUUUCACUGUAUUUGUGUAUUAAUUUAUGAGGCCUAAUGUCAAAACAACUAGAGUAUCCCAAACUAACACUGUUUCGUGUGGCACUCGUCGUGUUUUGCUGCUAGGCAUACGUCACAUUGCAAAACACUUUAUAAUUAAGAGUACGUUUGCCUUGUAUUUAAAUGUAUGCACUUCUGAGCCUAACUUGACAAAGUGCAUGCGGUAUAAGCUGUUCCAAAGAAAUUAUAACGCAGUGCGUGUGUUCUCAUUUUUUCCAAGCACUGUGUGAAUGAAGUGUUAUCGUAUUGUGAGGGGCAAGGCUUUAUUUCAUCAUGGAAGUAUUUUCUGGAAAUCAGCCCCAGACCAGAGCUCCCGCUAAAAUUACGGCCGAAGUUAUAGUCCAUCUAGUAUAACACUGAAAGAACCAAAGAAGAUAGCAUAACACUUCCGCGACGUUCAUCUACACUAAUGAAGCAAAAACCCAAAGCUGGCGCUACGCCGCACCAUCGGGCGAUUUUUUUUUAGCAGUUUGACUAAGCGCCGGAUUACUGUCGCAUGCAGCGUCCUCUACGUGCAAGUUCUGCUUUAGGGGUUGGCGAAAUAGAUAAGCGAUGCACGCGCAUGGCAACGGAGCUGUUACAAGUAAAAUGACUUUCAGAAAAAAAAUAUCUGCCUUCGAGCCACUUGCUGCAAUGCAGACUCCAAAACAUUAUCCUCAAAGUCCGUUUGUAAUUUCAUGUGGUGAAUGUUGAAAAAAACAAAAUCUGUACGUACAAAGAUAUAGUAUUUUGAUGGUACGUGAAAAUAUCACCCUCUUACCAGAAUCGCCCGAAAUGCACCGGGCUUUUGCCAGAUCUUGGAAGCUAAGCCGGGUUUUGAGCCUGCAUAGCACUUGGAUAGGUGACCACCCAUGCAUGCUAGGUUGUAAUAAGCAGCUACAGGGCUGUACUAUUUUGUGGUUAGCAGAGGCCAGUGCAGCAAGCUCCGAUGUUGUAUUGUGCGCCUGUGCUUCCGCGUACAUACUCCCCCACCACCAACAUGCACUAACCAGUUUGGUGAAGUAUGGCCAAAUAAUCCCAAUGAACCGCACGGUGUGAUUGAGAAUCUCGUCCAGCAGUGGAUUGGCAUUAGGGCUGUUAUAUGUGCAUGAAAAUAUUGUAUGUGCCCUACACAGAACAGCACGUAGAGAUAUACUCGCUCUGUAACGGAAUUACAAGCGCCAACAAAUUAUGGUUGACACUUAUGCGUAAAGUUGCAUGUGCCUGCAUUCGAAACGAAUUAAGCAAGAUUUAAAUAUAAACACGGUGCAUGAAAAAAAAAAUCCAACUUUAUGAAGUAGCCAAUUCCCUUAGGUUGGGAAUUCGUGCUCGCAGUCGUGCCCUGGAAAGAGGGGGUGGCAUUAACGUUCACAGGAGUGGUUGUUCCCGUCACAGCUAAUUAAGUUUCGUUUCGUGACAGCAGUGGUUGUUCAGCUGCCUUGGCUCUCAAAAGGCUGCGGGGGGAAUGUGGUUUGCAACCGUACACGGCGAUGAAUGCCGACUUCAGUUUGUGCCGCCUCUAAAAUUCAUGUCGUCGUGUAACGCUUGCAGUUUUGCCCACUGUUGGCCGCGGCCCCGUAUAGUUUAAAAUUUCGGUGUAAAUUUGCUACUUUGGUAAAAAAAAUAUACGUAUAGUUUAAAAUUUCGGUGUAAAUUUGCUACUUCGGUAAAACAAAUAUAUACGGUUUGGUUAUUUUUCUCACCGUCACUUGGGGGAAACAAGGAUCUUGACGUUUCGGCCGACUGGCCUUCAGGAAACGCCAAGGAUUAUUAUGAGAGCCUCAAAUACUAUGGGAAGGAUUGGGGGGGGGGGGGUGAUGGCUGUUGAUGCAGAACCAACUAGCAGAGGGGUGUGGGUCUCCUCACAUUGGAUGAAGAUAUUAGACUCACUGAAGUGCAAUUAAUCCUCGGUAUUUUACGAUUUCUGAAAUGGUAUUUAAGAGGUUAAUUGGCUGGUAAUAUUGUGUCACUGAGAUCUAAAUGUUUUUUUUUAGAGUGAGAAAUUCAAAGGGAUUCAGGAAGUUAACAAUGGGCACAACAUGACGGUUUAUAGGUUCGAUACCAGUAUUUAAGAAUGAAAAUUGGGCCUGGUGGGAUUUUUUGUCUCUCUCCAAAGAUGUUAUGUAUUUGCAUCAGGUUAUUAAUGGCAUUGUGUCGAUUCGUGACUACGGGUGUGCACGUUGGCAUUGUUUCGAGACACUUUUGGCUGUGUUUUAUUUAUACGUUUUGGGUUGCGGUGAAUGUUUGCUGUUGAAUUGUUAGCCUUAUCGUGUUGUGAAAGCACAAUCAGUGGCACCCUGGCUCACAAGCGUCUACGCAAACUUGGCACACUUUGAGUUGCUGCUCUCCUCUUGAGCUUUGGGACAAACUAUAAACUUUGGCAUUGAAAAAACUGAUGACUACACCACUCAUCUAACGCUAACUUUGCCUUUUGUCGUUUAUAUACAGUAUACCUGCUCUCAUCGGCCGUGAUGUAGAUCCUAUUGUCUGUUAUAGCUGUGAGUGUAUUCAAAUUAGCCACAAAAAGGACGGUGGAUAAAACGAUUAACUUGCCGGUGAACUCGACUUAUCCGAAAAAUUCACGGAUUAUGAUUUUACGACUUCAUUUUCCUUCAGUGCAUGCUGGGAAAAAAGGGUCCGUUAAGACCCACGGACAAUUGGCUCAAUUUUCCAAACAAAUCCGGUGAAAUAUGUAUAAACGAUUGUGAACUAUUCUGCAACGCAGGAUGUUAAAACCAUGGAUAUUCGUGGAUAAUUGAAAGAAUAGUGGAUGCAGAUGAAAUAAGAAUUAUUUGCAGGUUCUACGGCUUCCACAGAAUAAUAGGAGUCGCAAGUAAUGGCGUCGCAGAUAAGAGGAGUUCUACCAUAUACAACUUCUACGAGCAGAGUUGUACCAUCAGACCAUCACUGCACACUUAGUGUAAUUUAGUAUAAGCACGUUACUUGGCUGGUCAGCACAGUGCCCCUGAUGUUAAAGUGUACGAGUAGCACAUGAGUAAUAUUCAGGCUCAUGCAUUUGCAUAGUUAUUGCGUUCCUCGUGUAGAGUUGAGCGUCUUACAGGGCUUGAUAUCACAUUCGAUAUUUUCCAGAACGCUGCUAGGCUGGCUUGGGAGUUGGGAUUAUUAUCGGUGUUAGGGCACUGCCACAAAAGUACACGGGGUACGCCCGUCCAUACUAGAAUAUUAUUGUACCCUAUAUUUCUACAAUUCUAAUAGAUUUGAUAUUCAUAAUGAAGGUUUUUGGGUUUGUGGGCGUAAAUAUACAUCUGCCGUUAAUCCACUACGAUCCAACACAGCUCAUUAGUAAGGUUUGUCACGUGAACAAAACGUGGCAAAUAGUGACUACUUCAGCACACCGAUGUGUUGGAGCGUAAACCCACAACAUUUACAAUUUGAGUUCGACGUUUCGCUAGUGAUUACAACCAGCUUCAUCAGGCGAUUUGCCAGAAUUAUGGAGAAGUCUUGUUUUCGGCCUUAGAGUAAGAUGAUGACAUCACUCUGCCUAUCAGGUGCGAAGAUCAGAGGGGGGGGGGGGAUGUAAUCAUAAAUAAUUUAGGGUUGAUAGAAAAGUAGGGUACAACGUGGACAAAAUAAGGUGAGAUGGAUGUGGUGUGUAAUGAAGCACUGGUGCCUUAUGAGUGGGCAGGUUUGGUGGGGUUAAAAGCGAAGCUGUUUGUUUGGUUUACAUUGCUCACCGUGUAUUGUUUUACUUGAAUGCAAACGUCAAUAAAACAGCCUCUUGAAAAAAACACCUGCAUUUGGUGUUGUAUACUUCGCACCGUGCAACCCUCAGACAGCAAUAUAAGUCGCACGGUUAAUAAAAAAAAAUUCAAUCAUUUUCAUUAUUACCAAUUGCUCAUUUUCGAUCACGUGCUUAACUCCUCUGGCCAGCUCACAACGUCCAUCGCGGUGAAGUAUGGUCAAACAAACCCGCAUGACUCGCAAGGGACGGGUGACCCGGUGGGAGGCUGAGCCAGCAGUUGAAUGACAAAUGGUCACGUGCUUAUACAUUGAACUCGUGAGUUGUUGGACACGACACAACGAGCCAAAGUAAUUGUUACAGUGAACAGAAAACAGCGGAGCUGCUUUCCUACAUUUUUAUAUAUGACAAAUAUGUUCGUGUUAGUGUAUGCAAUUUAUAAAUAAGCUGCUCAACGUUACCUCUUAAGCGAAUGGAACAAACGAUAGAAAUAAGGACAAAACGAUACAAACAACAUGGUUCACAUUACACAAAAAAUCGAUUACAGGUCCCCCUUCCUGUGCGGUAGAUGCGUUCGAAAAUAAAGGGAGGGGGGCGCACAAAGCGAAACCGCACGAGAGACAGCUGCCUGUCGCCUUGCGCACAACGCGCAGUGCACACAACGCUGCCUGCCCCCACGCCCAACCGCGUAGCCCCGGUGGGGUUGGGGACCGCUGCUUUCAAGGACCGCUUCGUGACCGUUAUUCACCGCAGUGCAUUGCAGCUCGUGAAAUAUUGCGGGGUUAUUUUUUUGUUUUACCGCAUUAAAAAAAGACAAAUCACUGCUCCUCUUGUUGUUUUGGUUGCCGAUCCCCCCCGCUGCCAUAGCCGCAUGUACUGCAGAGUGAAUUCAAACCGCACAAUAUUGCGGUUUUUGUUUUCGGGAGAAAUAGGUUAGCCGCACGUACAGCACGGAAUCGCACAAAGCGAGGACGCAUACGACGAGAGACUUGUCGGUUUUUCAUACCGUGGCCAUGAAUCGUGGAAAUUAAUUGUCGUCGAUUUAAAAGCGCAGCAAACUCGCGAGAGUUGUAUCGCAGCGAUGGUCAGGAGGGGGCAGUGAAGUGCUUUGCCGAAGCCCUUUAAACCCAGUCCUCACAUCAAGCCUGUGGACAGUCUCCCUUUCAGCAUUCCACCUCCUAGAAUGCAACGAAGUGUUGUUUUAAUUCCAAAACAUUUAAGAGAAUAAUGUAUUCAACACACAAUUUCCCGUCAAUGAUUGAUUGUACGUGAUAUUAAACAAAAAAAGUAACUUUCUCUUUGUCAUCAAAGUCUUCUUAUGGCCUGGCUUUUGCUCAAUUGUGUGAUCUUUCUUUAUUUAUUCUCCUUCCUGCUUAUCCCCCCCCCCAUUCCAAAACACACCGCAUUCUCCGUGUGCAUGGUGGGAGGUCUCUCCUUCUCUGAUGCUGGUGGUGUCUGGAGGUUGCGACUGAAGCUAUACCAUUCUUGCGCAUAAUGGCAAUACUUUUACAGAGCUAAGAAGUGCCGAUGUCGGAGAGAUCUACCGGCCACGACGGGAGGUCUUCAGGAGAGAGUUUGUGUAGUUUUGCUGCUCCUCCGUUGAAGUAAGACAGCUUACUGUGGUUUAACACGUCGGCUUUCGCGACCAAUAUUAUCCAUACGAGUUUUUUUUG